AUGGUUCAUCUAUGGCUUCUCGUGGCGCAAGUCCUCAUCGCAGCUCCUUCCUUCGUGUCCGUGUCCGCCGACUCUGGCGGUUCAUUUCUGUGGAAUCCGCCCUGGUUCAACGAAGCCAACGUCUACGCCCGCAUGAUUAAACUCCAACACGCUGGUGAUCGUAAUGGCAAACUGCUUGCGACAUGGGAGCACUGGUACACAAAAAGGCAAGGACAGUGA